AGUAUUUAUAAAUAAGAUCAUCGAGCUGGAGAGGGAGAAACCUCUAGGUAUGAGCCAGGAUAGAGAAGAUCGCUCCUUUGACCAGAGAGAAGUGUCUCCAUUUAUGUUUAAAACUCUUAAUACAGGAAUGCAGACAGAUUCUGGAAAAGAUGGGAGGACUUCUCCAUUCAGCCCCUUCUUUCACGAUACUAAGAUUGUCAAAUCUAACAAGUUUCAUGGGCUAAGUGGUGAGCUCACGUUGUCAGAUGAUAAUCUCCUGAGUAUCAAGAGUGGGCCUCCCAACUCUUCAUAUGUGAUGAGGAUGAAGAACCAGAUUUCGAAAUCAAGAAGGACCAGGUCAAGACCGCGCACGAUGAACUCUUCGAUUAUGAAGAAGAAAUCCUCCGCUCCCAAAGACCCUCGGAAUGUAGGGAUUAAGCUGAAUAUAAACACAAUGAAGACAUCCAAGAACUCUAUUAAGUCACCAAAGAGCUCUGCUGAGUCCAAGAUUCCCUAUGUUGACCCAGAGAAGCUGCUGAAACAGUUCAGGCAGAAGGAUAUUGAUGAUAAUAACACAAAAGAUCGGCACAAUUCUUCUAAAUAUUUAGAAAGUUCGAUGAAAAAUAUUGAGGUAAAUUUUGAGUAAACCAAUGCAGACUGUACCUCAGAUCUCAACAAAGUUUGACAUGCAAUCAACGAUGAUGGAUGGAAAAGAUAGCUUGAAAGAGGAAAACAAGGCUGAACGUGAAGAGCAACUUCGCCUAGCCAGUAAAUACGGAGCUGCAAAGGUAAAAAGAGUUGUAACUAUGAAAUAUAACACAGAUAUCCCAAGAUUCGACUCUAGUGACAAAAUUGAUAAGAGCCAUGUUGUUAAGGAAAGCACGAAGAUAAUUGAUG